AUGGUCUGCCUUCGAGCAUUCAACACUACAGUCCCUUCUUACAUUCUAAAGCUGGCCACUAAUCGUACUGCUUCUCAAUCCCUUCGCGCCACGUAUGUCCACGCGCCUGCCAACCUACCGUCCAUUUUCGGCGGUCGAGGUCGCCGGCGCCUCGGGACGCAGUCGUCUCCUCUGCCCGAAUUGCUCCCGAUCGGUCUUCCCGUUAAUGAAGAGAACGUCCCCGGCUACAGGCCCGAAUUCUUCUACCCUGCGAAUCCUGGCGACGUGUUGAACUUCAGGUACGAACUGAAAGCUAAGAUCGGCUGGGGCUCAUCGUCAACUGUCUGGCUUGCACGUGACAUCCGGAGAGGAGGUUGGUUAGAACCAAACAAGUAUGUUGUCAUCAAAAUUUGCGCUUGCAAUUCGGCGAAGGAAGAGGAUAUAAGACAUGAGUUGGAUAUGUCCAUCCAUAUCUCUGCCAACUCCAAACACCGUGGACGUGCCAUCAUUGCCACAGCCAUCGAGAGCUUCGGCCUCGAUUCACCUACGGGAUCUACACAUCUCUCUCUAGUUUUCGAGCCGAUGCGAGAACCACUCUGGUUACUCAGGAGACGACUCGCUGGCGAGGACAGGGUUACUCGUCCAUCAUUGCCUUUGCUCAAGACCUAUCUCCAAAUCCUGCUAGAAGGCCUGGAUUACUUACAUUCAGAACGCCACGUCAUUCACACAGAUCUAAAAUUGGACAAUAUCCUGGUGACAUUCGAGGAUCAGUCGACUAUUGAAGCCUUUGUCCAAGGACAGGCCAUGCAUCCUAUGGCCCGGAAGCGGAUUGGUAAUCAGACAGUGUACCGAUGCCAUAACGACUUUGGGCACAUCAACGGCGACGACGCUUUGAAGAAGAUGUAUCCAAAGAUCACAGACUUUGGUCUUGCAUAG